CGCAGAGAGGGCGCUUUCUGCAAUUUUUCAAGUCCGUGGGUUGGACCCGACUUUUCUUUUGUGCUCCCGGAGGUCCUACACGUGUUGUGUUUAUUUAAUACAAAAGAUAUAUUUCAAAGAGCAAGUGAAGCAUGGAGUCCACGGGUUUCAUUGCCGCUGAAACCCCCAUGCCUGCCGACAAACUGAACAUGGUCGCUCAUGACACAGCUGCAUCGGUGAACCAGAAGACACCCAUCAGCAUCCUUCAGGAGCUGUGUGCCCGCAACUGCCUCACUCCGGAGUACAAGCUGCUGUCUGUCGAAGGCGCAGUGCAUGCUCCUACUUUCAUGUACAGGGUUCAGGUGGGUGAAGUGGUUGCCAAUGCCACUGGCCAGAGCAAGAAAAAGGCCAAGCACGCUGCUGCCAGGGCUAUCCUUGAAAAGCUACUUGCUGAUGAUGGUCCAUUUGCAAAGUACCGGGCUGCAGUCAUGGAGGACCUUCCUUCCAUGGAUCCAACAGAGACGGUGACCACAGCAGUAGGUGAGAUGGCACCGAGCAACAACGGGCUGCCUGGCAGCACCCCCUUGGGAGGCACCCUGGGAGGCACAGCGUCAGCGGCAGCUGGGGCCGAGGACGACGGCAUUGCGGGCAACCCGGUUGGGGAGCUGCAAGAGCUCUGCAUGAAGCUUCGGUGGCGGCCCCCUUUCUACGAGACCGUCAUUGAAGAUGGCCUACCCCACGAACGCACUUUUGGCAUCUCCUGCCUUGUCAACAACCUCAAUGAAAUGGGCAAAGGCAAGUCAAAGCGCCUGGCGAAACGUCAGGCUGCUAAGAAAAUGAUUGAACUUAUCAAGAAUGUUCAGAAUGGCCUCCUCAACGGCGAGGAUGAUAAGUUUGGCGAGCCUGGCCUCAACUCUGGCUCUGGUGGAUUGGGCCCCUGCAGCACUGUUCUCCAGGAGGCCAAGUGCUACAUGGGGCUGAAGGAGCAGAACAUCAGUGCGCUGACUCCCCGGCACAGCCAGCAGGUGGGGCAGCUGCUGCGGCAGUUGCAGGCCUCAGACGGUGCUCGGCUGACCAGCCUGCAGGGUACCUCUCUCAGCACGGCAGGGAUCGAUUACGUCGGCCUGCUGCGUGAGAUCGCUGACGAACAGAGCUUCGAGGUCACUUACGUGCCCAUAGACGAGCUCAGCCCCGAUGGUAAGCACCAGUGUCUGGUCCAGCUGACGUCACUGCCGCUGGCAGUGUGCUUUGGCACGGCCGACACGCCCGAGCAGGCACAGGUGGCUGCAGCGCGCUGCGCACUGCAGUACCUGAAGAUCAUGACCAAGAAGUGAGGCAGGCAGGGUACCUGGCUCAGCAGCAUGCUGGUCAACCUGGAUUGAACAGAGGAGUUCUGCCACCCACAAGGCAGAAAACCCUAGCAUUUUGAUGUUCAAGGUACCUUGUUCAAAGAAAACCCGUCUCUAGUCAGAUGAGCUGCACUUCGGCCUUUGGCUGUUCCCUCCUCUUCGUUCACCCGCGUCCUUAAUCCGACCUUGGGGCAGUGUUGCGUUCAUCCGGUCCCAUACAUGUGGGGCAGGGCCUAUAUGCAAAGCCAAGCCUGCGCAAAGGUUUACGUAGCUUUCGUGUCUGGUCGACAAGGGGACAAGUUGCUGCAGGCUGGCCUAUAAUGUCUUCCCAUUUUUUUAUUGGCUUCUACCUCUAGCCAAUUGCAUUCUUGCACAUCUCUCUUAGCAACAGCUCUCUCAGCAGCCAAGGCAUAGUUUAUUUUCUUUCCUUAGUUUUACCUUUAGACUGUUUACACUAAUGAAGGACUUCAGGUAGAUGGUUUACCUGAUCGAGGUAGUUUGUGAUUGAUGCAUUCUUCAGGUCUGUGCUGAAGGGCAGUUUACUCUUCUUGCUUGUUCCAAGAACGGCAAGAGAGGUGCAAUCACAGUAGCUUUCUCAUUAAAUGAGAUCUGUGGCUGCACGUUGUCAAAUUUUUAUUUGUUUGUGCCUCGAUCAAGGGUGUUUGCACCUGGCUCAAAGAGCUGGGACAAAAUGUUAUUGUGGAGGACAGACACCGAAAAAGUUAGGGGCCUUGAGGCAAUUUCAGAGAGUCUAGCCACGUUUUUCAAGACAAAAGACCUUUUUUAAAGGUGCUGCAUUUGUAAGACGCGUAAAUUCUGGCUCACUUGGCCAAUCACUAAACUGCGCUGGCAAGUUUUGCACGACAUACACAAGAAGAAAAAAAAAGAAAAAAGCCUUCUUUAGUGAUUUUGAUUGUGCAGUUAACAGCAAAAUUGCCAUUCUACAGUGCACUGCAUUUGACUAAGCUAAAUUCCCCUCUCAGUAGGAAAGUGCAGCAGCAAUGAAGGGAGAUAAACCCCUCUGCUUGUUUUCUUUACUAAAUGAUGAAGUUCCGCAAUCUUCGCAUCCAGACUGUCAGAAAUUGCAUCAGCAUUGCCGGUACAACUGCAUGUUUGAGACCUGUGUGGCAUUGCACUGCAGUUUUUCUGAAAUGGCAUCAUGCUGUAGUUAUAUUCGUUCUGUUUAGCAGUUGAUGCAUCUGCGUAGCUCACACAGUCUUAUAUAGUUGUGAAGAUUCACUUUGCUAUGCUGUGUUCUGUCUGCUCUGCAAGAGAGAAGUAGCCGCAAGAGAGAAAAAGAAAAAAAAAAUGUUUUUGUAACGCUUGUACGUUACCCGUGCGGAAACUGUUGCCAGAAGGGCUUUUUCUUCUUGAACGGACGCUACAAAAGGAGGGAUGAAGAGCGUGGCCUGUUUUUUCACACUAAGCAAAGAGCCAAAAUUGUGAACGAAGAUGGGGGAACAGCCAGCAACUCUAGCUGCAGAAAGCAUUUUCUCUCACAUUCCGAGGAACUGACACGAAUCGGGCAUCCAACGAUCUGAAAGUCUGGAGAUUGGGAGGGAGGACAGCCACACCAUCGUCUUAUAAGAUAUGUAUUUGAAUGCAUUUUUUAUUUUAAUUUUUUCCUGAAGCAGGUGUUGUAAAUCUAUAAUCAGAGUAUUGCUUACAGAGUCCCUUUGUUGUUCUCGCAAGCAUAUGGAGUAAGAUUUUAAUCUAGUAAUUUUUGUAAGACAAGUUUUCUUUUUUUUUUAAGCACUGGUUGAAGGUUAGAUGCUACAGUUUUGUACUGCAUGCUGCAGGCUGGGCAUCUCCCUUGGUAUUGUUGCACCAUUCUGUUCUUUUUUAUUAGUAGUAGUAUUAUUUGCUGUAGUAUAGUGCAUGCAUUUUGCCACAAUUGUGACUACAUAAGAUUGCUUUUGCAGCUUAUCUAUGGUUGCUGGUGUGUGAAGAUAAAUAGGAUGGGACUUCAGGCUGGCAAGGAGGGAAUGAAUAUUAACCAAUCAUGUAGAUGGGAAUUUUUCUCUUAACUAUCAAGCAUGUAGGCUAGCUUUUUUCCCAAUUUCCAACCUUUCAUCUGCGAGUGACAAAAUAAACGGUAAUCAACAA